GUAUUGAGAUUGCUAGGGCUAAUGGAGCUAAAUACAGGCUGGGCCCAGAGCUGGAGAUAUGCGGGUAUGGCUGUGCGGACCACUUCUAUGAGUCCGACACGUUGCUCCACGGCUUUCAGGCUCUGAGGAAGCUUCUGGAGUCUCCCAUCACCCAGGACAUCAUCUGUGACGUGGGAAUGCCCAUCAUGCAUCACAAUGUGCGUUACAACUGUCGGGUCCUGUUCCUCAACAAAAAGAUACUGCUGAUCAGACCUAAAAUGCUGAUGGCCAACCAUGGGAACUACAGAGAGCUGCGCUGGUUCUCACCUUGGAACCAGUUAAGGCAAGUGGAGGAGUAUUUCCUGCCCAGAAUGAUCCAGGAGGUAACAGGGCAGGAUACAGUCCCAUUUGGUGACUGUGUGCUGUCCACAAAGGACACAUGCAUCGGCACUGAGAUAUGUGCAGAGCUCUGGAACCCCAGAAGCCCCCACAUUUCGAUGGGUUUGGAUGGGGUUGAAAUCUUCACUAAUUCAUCUGCUAGCCACCACGAGCUCCGUAAAGCUGACCAAAGAGUCAACCUGAUCAAGUCAGCCACCACCAAGAGUGGAGGUAUCUACCUGUAUGCCAACCAGAGGGGCUGCGAUGGAGACCGUGUCUACUACGAUGGUUGCACCAUGGUGGCCAUCAAUGGAGACAUUGUGGCACAGGGAGCGCAGUUCUCCCUUAAUGAUGUGGAGGUGAUUACAGCCACUCUUGACCUUGAGGAUGUGCGAAACUACAGAGGAGAACUAUGCCAGCCACACAUGGAAAGUGAACACAAACCUUGCCACAGGGUCAAAGUUGACUUUUCUUUGUCCGAUGGGGAUGAUAUCUACCUCCCUACCCACCAACCAAUAACAUGGCACUUUCACACACCAGAGGAAGAGAUCAGUCUAGGGCCGGCCUGCUGGCUGUGGGACUACCUAAGGAGAAGUGGACAGGCGGGUUUUCUGUUGCCUCUGAGCGGAGGUGUCGACAGCUCCUCCACCGCCUGCAUUGUCCACUCUAUGUGUGUGCUGCUCUGCCAGGCUGUAGAGGACGGCAACAGCCAGGUACUGGAGGAUGUUCACAGAGUGGUAGGGGAUGACUCCUACCGUCCUCAGCACCCGAGGGAGCUGUGCAGCCGCAUCUUCACCACCUGCUACAUGGGGAGUGAAAACUCCUCAGAGGACACAUGCAGCAGGGCCAAAGACCUGGCCAAUCAGAUCGGCAGUCUGACAGGAUAUUUCACAAAGUACGACUGCUCCAGUGCUGACAUCAACCCAAUAGGAGGCAUCAGCAAGACCGACCUGAAGAGCUUCCUGCUGUACUGCGUUGAGCAGUUCCAGCUUACUGCUCUGAGAGGCAUCCUGGCCGCUCCGCCCACAGCUGAACUGGAGCCACUGACAGACGGACAAGUGUCACAAACAGACGAGGCAGACAUGGGGAUGACCUACUCUGAGUUAUCGGUGAUUGGACGACUGAGAAAGAUCUCCAAGUGUGGCCCCUUCAGUAUGUUCUGUAAACUCAUUCACAUGUGGAAGGAUGCACUGUCACCCACGGAG